UUUCAUCCUUUUAUUAUCUUAUAAAUUUCUCCAAAAAAAAAAAUGGUUAAGUCUUCUUUAUCUGAUCAAACAAUCGAAGCAUUCAAUAUACCUGAGUUUAAAGGAACACUAGAACAGCAGCAAGCUAUUAAAGAGCUUUAUAAACAAUUUACAAUAACAACAGAGAGAGCCCGUAUUAUUGUCAAUCAAUUUAUAAAGGAAAUGCGGAAAGGCUUGGAUCAUGAAGGUGCUACAGUGGCAAUGAUUCCUAGUUUCGUUACAGGUCGCCCUACAGGAAAUGAAAAGGGAAAAUACCUUGCCUUAGAUUUAGGAGGAACCAACCUUCGAGUUUGUGAAUUUGAGUUAAAAGGUGAUGGGGAAUUUGCUGUUCGUCAACAGAAAUAUAUUAUAGCAGAAGAAUAUAAAACAGAUGAAAUGCGUCAACUUUGCGACUUUAUUGCUGAUUGUGUUGAUAACUUUAUUACUGAGCAUGAUCCUUCUGGUAGAAAUAACGGUAACGAACAACUACAAUUAGGUUUUACCUUUUCUUUUCCAGUCAACCAGACAGCUAUUAAUAGAGGUACUUUAAUGCAUUGGACAAAAGGAUUUAACUGUUCAGGUGCAAUCAAUAAAGAUGUUGUUAUUAUGCUGCAAGAUUCCUUUCUUCGUAAGAAUAUUCAUGUGAAUAUUGCUGCUCUUGUAAAUGAUACAGUAGGGACUUUAAUGGCAAAUGCUUAUCGAUAUCCUGAAACGACAAUGGGUAUAAUUCUUGGAACAGGGACAAAUGCAGCGUAUUAUGAAAAACUGGAAAAUAUUAAAAAAUGGAAUGGAAAUGAAGAAGUGUUUGAGGAAAUGAUUGUUAAUAUGGAAUGGGGUGCCUUUGAUCGUGAGCGUUGUGUUUUGCCUUUAACAAUCUAUGAUAAUAAACUUGAUCGAGAAUCAAUUAACCCCCAUGAACAAUUAUUUGAAAAAAUGAUGUCUGGUAUGUAUCUCGGUGAAAUUGCUCGUAAUGCAAUUCUUCACCUUGUAGACUCUCGCCUUCUUUUUGAGGGUGAAUCUGCUUACGACUUAAAUAGACAGUGGGGAUUUGAGACAUCUUACAUGUCAAUUAUUAUUGGUGAUAAUACAGAUGAUCUUGAAGAGGUACGUCAUAUCUUGGAAGAAGUUCUUCAGAUUCCUUCAACUACUUUGGGUGAUCGUCAGAUGGUACAAUCUAUCUGUUUGGCUAUAGGUCGUCGUUCAGCUUAUUUAGCUACAUGUGGUAUAGCAGGAGUUUUAUCUCAUACAGGGAAACUUGAACAAGACUCGUUAAUUGCUAUUGAUGGCUCAGUUUAUGAAUUCUUUCCCAAUUUUGAACACCAUAUGAAACAAGCGCUUGGAGAAAUCUUUGGUAAUGAUAUUACAAAACGCGUUAAAUUUAAUUUGGCUAGAGAUGGUUCUGGAUUUGGUGCUGCUAUGAUUGCUAUGAUGGCACAUAAAGUUGCUUUAGCUAAGAAUCCGUAAAGCAUAAAACUAUAUUAAAUAAAAGAUAAAUACAUAUUUAUUCAUGUAAAACCUUCUAGUAAGGCUAUAAAGAUUAGCAGCAGUUUUUUUUUAUCCUUUAUCUCUCUUCUUUUACAUGAAAAAUAUUUUGCUG